CUCCAGCGGCUCUCAGCGCGCCAAGGCCAACGGGCUCCUGAAACGGCCCGAAGCCCCAGCUGUUGGCUCCGCUCCCACCCCUUCUAAUGAUUAGGUCACGGGGCCCCACCACCCUGGCCCCCCACAUCCAGGGCCGCCCCCCUCGCUACGCAGCGCUCACUCGGCCACCCGCUCGGCGCUGAGGGCGGCAGGGAGGGAAGCCAACGGCGCGAAAAAAGUACGCAUGCGCGUUCAGGACCUAUGAGCUGUCGAAAACGAAGCGAACCUUCCAACCCCUCCUCCCCACCGCUUGCUCUUUCGCUGUCCGUUAAACUGACGUCGUCGUCAUCAUCGCGCUGCGUCUUUCUUUCUGCGGUUUCCAGCGCCGCCCGCGCACGGUCAAGGGGGGGCGAAAAAGCGGGAUAGUUUAACGUGCUUGGUUCACGGCAACUUUUUUUUUCUAGAGUGGGCGGGCAGAUGGGGUGCAACCCCUUCCCCUAGGCCCAGACCAGCGACCUGCUCCCCGAGCAUGGCUUCCAGCAAACGCAAGGAGCCGCUCCCAGCGGCGGCGGCGGCGGCAUCUCGGGUCCUGGAGCUGGAGGAAGAGCUCAGGAACCUGGCUGAGGAGCUGAGUCAGUGCCAGGCUGAUAAAGAAUUUGUAUGGUCUUUGUGGAAACGCCUCCAGGUGGCAAAUCCAGAUCUUACACAAGCGAUCAGCUUGGUGGUGGAAAGAGAAAAGCAGAAAGCUGAAGUCAAGGACAGGAAAAUAUUAGAAAUUUUGCAAGUCAAAGACAGCAAAAUACAGGCACUGGAACAGAGGGCAUCAGGACAACAACAGGAGAUUAACAACCUGGUACAGAGAAAAAUUGCUGUCGAUGAGGAAAAUGCUCUCUUGAAGAAUGAAUUCAGUAAUUUGCAGCAGAAAUUUAAAGAUAAAAGUCAAGAACUUAAGGACACUAAGGAGUGUGCACAGAAGAAAGAAGAGCAAAACAGACUGGUUAUAAAAAAUCUGGAGGAGGAAAAUGAGGGAUUAAAUGCACGCUGCGCUGACCUGCUAAAUGACCUGGAGAAACUGAGGAAGCAGGAGGCACAAUGGAGAAUAGAAAAAUCUGGUAUUGAUGCCAAAAUAAAGAAUUUGGAAACUGAUUUAACAGAGGCAAGAAAACAAAUGGAAGACUUGACCACCAAAUGCAGUGACUUGUCAUCACAAGUGGUUGUUAAACAGACUGAAUUAACACAAAAGGAUUGCGAUGUGGCCAGAGUUAGGAAGGAGUUGCAGGAGCUGCAGAAUCUUUACAAACAAAACACAGAACAUACAGCACAGCAGGCAGAGCUGAUCCAGCAGCUUCAGGCUCUCAAUAUGGAUACGCAAAAAGUACUGAAAAAUCAGGAAGAUGCUCACACAGCUGAAACUAUAUCAUAUCAAAAACUUUACAACGAAUUGACUAUAUGUUUUGAAACUCGGAAAGCAAGUGAGAUUCAGCUCCAGCAAAGUCAUGCUUCUCUUCAGGGUCAGCUACUGGAAAAAGAACAAAAGAUAAAGUGGCUGGAAGAGCAACUACAGCAGGCCCGAGAGGCCUUACAUACAGUACAUCAAGAUUCUCAUCCAAAACAUAGGGAACAGGAAUUUCAACAACCUUCUUUAAAUGAGCUAGAGUGUCUUAUAGCAUCACAGAAAUUUGAAAUACAGUGUUUGCAGGAAAAAUUGAAAACAGCAAAUAUUAACCUAGCAGAGCAUAGCUUUUGCAGCACAGACAUCCUUGAAAGCAAAAACGUAAAGUCUGGAAGAAAGCAUGAGGAACCACCUGUGAAACGUUCAAGGUCUCUGUCCCCAAAGAGCUCUUUUAGAGAGUCAGAGGAGCUAAGGCAGCUUAAAAUAGCUGAAAAGAAGAUUGAAAACUUAGAGAAGACACUGCAACUAAAGACCCAAGAAAAUGAUGAGCUAAGAAAAGCCCAUGAAAAACGCAAGGAAAGGUUGCAGAUGUUACAGACCAACUACAGAGCAGUAAAAGAGCAAUUAAAGCAGUGGGAAGAGGGCUAUAGCAACAGAACUGAAAACAUUAAAAGCAAACACCAGCGUGCAGAUCCCCACCAGCUUCGCCAAGAAGAUUCUGAUGCUGUCUGGAACGAGCUGGCAUAUUUCAAAAGGGAGCACAAAAAGCUAUUGAUUGAAAAGAACUGCAAUCUUCAGUAUUCACCACACUUUUGCACAAUGCCGCUCUCUCAAAUUUGGCCUGGCACCCCAUACAUCAUAACCAGGUUGGGGCAUAGACGGAUGAGGAAAGAAAGAAGACUGGUUACCAGAUGGAAUUCUAGGCAUCAAAUUCCAUAUUCUGUCAUCCUUUUAUUGAAUCUUGAAGAGGAAUUAGAUCAGAUGAAAGUAUGUAGAUCCAUGGAUAAGGCUACAAUACAAGAACUGAAUCUGUGUCUGCAACAAGAAAGGGAAGAACUACUCUUUAGACUCAGUGAAGAUGAUGGGGUCAAGAACAGUACUCCAAAGAAGAAUGUGAAAGAAAUAACAGAUCAGACAUUACAGAAGGUGUGCCAGUUGGAAAAGAGAUUUAGAGCUCUUGAAAGAGAAUCAAAGAAGCUGAAAGAAGUAAACAAACAGUUAACCAAAGACAAAAAUGAUCUGAAAGCAUCUAUAAAAUGUCACAAAGAAGAUGCAGACACAAAAGAGAGAGAGUUAGAGAAGCUACUGAAGAAGCUUCGAGAAAUAAAGAAAGACAAAGCAGAUCUUCAGUUAGUUAUUGAUGAGCUGGAGAGAGAAGUUACCUCUCUGAUGAGGCAAGUGGCAGAAGUGAACAGGUUGAGAAAUGAAAAUGAAGAUCUGCUCUGUGAGGUGCAGCAGUUGAAAAAUUCACUGGACAAAGCCAAAGCAGUGGCAACCAUGGCCACUGUAGGAGCAACCCAUGGGCAAUGUAAUUGUAAGACAGCAGGAACCAAGGUUAAAUUAAAAGCAGCCAAGAAAAAGAGCUCUCUGGGACGUCACCAAGCUUUUCUCAAUCAGUCCAUCAAGGUUAUGAGCAAUGUAUUUGAGAACUUCAAUAAGGAUGGCUGGGAGGAUAUGAGUGAAAGCAGUGACUCUGAAAUACCAACUUCUGAAAGCGUGGGAUCAAUAAUUAUGAAAACAGUCCAAAACGUUGAUUCACUAACAGACACAAAUGAUCAACAGGAAAAAUAUCAAAUACAAGAUAAUCAGAUGGUCCACAAUAUUGCACAUUUAGAAGACAAGAGUCGACUAUAUCACAAAAAGGGCAACACACAGAACAAGGACAUUGAAAAAUCACAUUCCCAAAGGAGGAAGAUCAGUCCUCUCAUAACAGCUCAUCCAUCAGUUAUAAACAAAGUAAACAGAGAGAAAAGAAGAAAUAUUGUGGUCCAGAAACCAGGCUGCUCUGUUUUAUUGCGGGAACGAAUUAAGUCCUUGCAGCAGCAGAUAGCUGUUCUGCAGAAUGCAAAAAGGACAACAGUAUCUUCUGUCAAAGAAUUUAAGGAAGCCAAUGAAAAACUAACAUCUCAACUACAUCUGGCUGAUCAAAGACUUCAAACAAGCAGACGAACAAUACAGACAUUGACCUCCGAUCUGGCUGAGUUGCAACGAGAGAGAGAAGAUUUACAAGGAAAAUUAGAGCAUCUGGCCCAAGCUACCAGGUUGAAAGAGGGUCUGUCUCCUGUGACUUCUAACCAAAUUGAAGUCACACCACCUACUCCUUCAAAGAACACAGAUUUGGAGUUGAAGCAGCUGUAUUGCAAACUGAAGAAUGCAAAUAAUGAAAUCUCUAAACACUCAACCACCAUUAAGUCUCUGAAAAAUGAAGCCCAGGAAAAAGAAGAAAGGAUGCGGGAACUACAGGAAAAGGUUUCGCGAAUGGAAAGGGACAUAAAUAUGAAAAGACAUUUGAUAGAAGACUUAAGGUCUCGUCUGAAAACAAACCAGGAAACUGAAAAAACCUUUAAUGAAACAUUAGAAAGUUUUGAGAAAAAGGUAAAGACAUUGACUGAAGACUGUUCAAACAAGAAAACAUCAAUUGAUUCACUAAAGCAAAGGCUUAAUGUAGCUACAAAAGAGAAAUCACAGUAUGAACAGAUGUAUCGCAAGGCUAAAGAUGAGUUGGGGAAAAAGGAUCUCAAGCUUACCAAUCUAGAAGGUAAAAUGAUUGAAGCUGAAUGUGCCAUGACUGAACUUGAGACUACUGCAUCGCAGCAACUCCAUGGCUUGGCAAAGCAAAGUGGGCAGGCACUGGAAGUAGUGCAGAAGAAAAUGCUGCUGGCCAAUGACAAAGUGGAAGAAUUCAUAACAUUUGUGAAGGCCUUAACCAGAGAGUUACAGCGUAAUGUACAGGAGCUGAGAAUGCGAAUCAGACAUGCUAAAAAAAUACAAGAAGAGAGAGAAUGUAACAGGUAUCUUUCCAAAGAGUCUGUCCACCGAGCCCAGUCCUUGGCAGCAUCUAUCCUUAAUAUUUCAAAGACUGACCUAGCGGAGAUGCUAGAUACAGAAGAUGAUGAGGAAACAGAAAGAGCUAAAAUGGAAGUUGAAAAGGAUAAGGAAUGGCUGUGUUACAUACAGAAACUUCUUGAAGGACAGGCAUUACAUGAGACAGAGAAGAAGUUAACACCAUAUUUGUACUAGCUACCUUAACGGAUGAAAAGAAUCUGGGGAAAACAAGCACAGAUCUUCACAAAUGUAUUAAUUAAAUUAUUGAGUCAGUCUGUAUGCUUGGUAGAGUGAAAAGGAUCCAUUCUUUCAUACCUCUUAGGAAAAAGAGAUUUUUUAUUAUGUGCCUUUAAAGUCAGUAGUUGAUAUGGACACCUGAGGAGUUCAUGGGUUUCAGUGACCUUUUACUAUGGACCUGUUUCCAGUCAAUUCAUGUUUUCCUCACAGCCAGACAGCUGUUUAUUACCGUGUCUUCCCGCAUUCUCUACAAUAUUUUCUACUGAGACCUCGAGCAGCUUGUUAGUGGGAAGUAAAUAUUGAUUUGGCAGCCUGUCAAUGCAGAAAGAAUGAAAAAAUUUCCACCAGAGGCCCCUCAAACAUUUUCCUAUCGACAUUUUCUGUGCAGAGUGGAAGGCUGCAUAGAGGAUGACAAGGCUGAGACUAGUUGAAAUCCCUGAGGGGUCCUCUGAGACCGCCGCUGUGACCUGUGUGAUACUUUUUCUUCUCUUUCAAGUCUUUUUUUUUUAAUACAGACAUAGUCUGCUGGGAUGCUCCCCUCUUGUAAGUGAUCAAGGGCAGUUUAUUGGCAGGUGAGAGCCCUGCUUUUCUAGUUGUAGUCAGUUGUUGUUUGGACAUCACUGACAACAUCCACUGGAUCUUGGAACUUUUUUAUUAUAUUUUAGUUACCUUCUGAAUAGGGAUUACAUGCAUCUAAUAUCUGAAAUCAAAUAUUUGGUUUAUAAAUGUAAAUGUAUAUGCAGUAGUGUGAGUGCAUAAGCUGUAUACUUCAUUUCUAAUAAGAAAGCAGAUAAUUAAAAAUAUUUU